AUGGGAAUCUUGCUCUCCUUCUUAUUCCCUUCUCUGUUCAUGUCAUCCCCAGUCCCACCUUCCGACCCUCCCUCCGACGCCUCCCGCUCGUCCUCUUGCGCCUCCGGAGCUUCCUCCACCCCGACCCAGCCCGCCGCAGAAGAUGACGCUCCCGAUCCUUCUCCCCCUUCCUCCCCGAAAUCUGUGCCCAUCGGUUCCCCGCCGCUCGACAACCGCCCGUACUCCCUCCAUGGCGUCGGCAUCGGUACACUCUCCCCUCAACCCGUCAUCGGUCCGUUUGCCCCCAUCACCCGCGCGAACCUAUCUCCCCUCCAUGUCAAGUCAUCGCCCUCGGAGCAGCGUUCCAACCCGCUCGAGAACAUUUCCCCGCGAAGCUCCUCAAAUCCCUUCGAGCAGCACUUGCCGCACGCCUCCGGCUCCCACUCCCCAGAGGGCUCGCAGCCCCCAACUCUCCCCCCGCCUCAUCUGCGGUAUGUUGAGGACACCACAACGAAGCGUAGGGAGUCUGGUGAGCUCAUCCCUCUUGCGGCCCUCUCUAGCUCUGCGAGCUCCCCCACCCAAACCACCCUCCGGAUUUCGCUUCCCCCUCCCCACCCCACGGCAUCAACUUCAACGCCUUCGCCCCCGCUUCUCUCGCCCCCACGACAAUCCAUCGCCAGCCCCGCCGGCUCGACGUCUCCCGACGCUGUUACGGCGGCGCCGUUGGAGACCCCGACACCCGGCAACGCCGUCGACCUACUCGUACCGGCGUCUGAUCUUGAUGGCAUUGACUUCGGCGACUUUGACACGGAUGGAUGUAGCGCUCUCGAGAAAAUCUACCUCUUCUCGCAGAGCCAAGCUAGCUUCCACAGGGUCUUCAUCGCUCAUGCACUGCCUGGCUACCUGCUCGGCAGCGAGGUGUCGGGUGGCGAACUGUUGAGCCGAGAGGUCAUCGAGCAAAUCACGCCGGGCGAAGCCAUCGUGUAUGUCCUUCCGCUUCUGAGCCGGCUGGCGAUGGAUGACGACGAGUCAGUGAAGGAAGCGCUAGCGGCCGAGCUCGUGCCCAUCAUCUGGUGGUUCGUCACCCACUGCAAGCUCGUGGACGACGACUCUGCGCUGCCGUCGCCUCCCGCUCCCACCCCGCUGUCGUCGAAUGCUUCCCCUGGCUCUGAGCGGGGCUCCUUCCCGCGACCUCUCACUCCGCAGCUCGACGGGCAUUCUACUGGCCCGAGCGCCGGUUUUCCCAGCGAAGACGCUAUCCGUGACGUCCACCCUGAGGCGCCCAUAGAAGUGCCGGUCCAGGUCUUCACUCCUAUUCUAGGCACGCUUCUGCUCAGUCCCAACGGCAUCGUGGGUGGUUCUGCCCGUUACGCAGUCGUGGAGCUCCUUCGGCGUCUCCGGCGCGCGGACGACCGCGAGGACGGGACGAGGGAGUUCGCGGGUCCGACAUCGGAGCGAGUGCCUGGGCAGUCGCGCUCGCGCGGCAGCCCUACGCCGUCGCAGCAGGAGUACCUUGAGCACGACGCUACGCUCAAUGUCGGUCUGUUCCAGCGCGAGCAGCGGAGGCUCUUAGAACAAGAACUCGUGUACCAGGUCGUUAUCGGCAUGGGACGGCUCGACCUCGAAGAAAACACCCCGGAGGAACCGCAGGAAGCAGAAGCGGAUGACGCGGACUCGGGACCUUCUACAGCUGUUCCGACGCCCCAAGCACACGCGCCAGCCGCUGCCGAGAUCGACUCCUACUUCCCAGCUGUCGUACCCAUUGUCCUAGCUCCUGCCCCAGAGCCUUUUGCUAGCGCAGUUCCGCCGGCAUUGCCAAAUGUUGAGCUGGUGCCGGCCGUGUCCACGGCGACAACGCUCUCCCCCCACCUCUCUCCCUCCCCGCCUGGGUCGCCCGGUCAUUCGUCGUCAUCAACGCCCUCACUGACGUCAUCAACAUCCUCAACCUCUGGCGAUUAUCCAGACGCACCCGAGCUUUCAAUCGAGUCCGAGCAAUUUGACAUAUCUCUGGUAGAUGCCCUUCCCAGCGAAGAGCCCAUGGACCUCGACGCCCCAGGAGCGAACGCAACGCUCGGUCGCAUGGAGAUGAAGAUCGAUCUGCCUCCUCCUCAGCAGGAUUGGAUGCCCUCAAGUGCCAUGACGUGGGCCACAGCGCACGCCCUCCCGACAACGCCGCCGUUCGAAGUGCCGCCGCCACCGCCCGCGGCCACGUCGACAGAGCCCACAUCGCCGAUCACAGGCUUCCCGAUCCUUCAGGUGAUCGCGCUGCCAUCGGCGAGCCCCGCACGUGAGCAGCCAUCACGCAGGGCGGGAUGGACGAGCCCGCGGACGGCCCCGAUGGAACUGCAAGGCGCGGAGGAGACUGGGUCAUUGUCAGGAGACUUGAGUGAGGAGGCGGCAGUGGGAAGGCUGGCAAGCAUGAGCUUGAUGGCCGCAGUCACUGCGAGCGGCGCUAUAAGCGAGGAGACCAAGAUGAUGUUUGUUGCGGAGGUAGAGCGCGUCGGCCGCGACCCGCUGUACUGGGUGAGGCGGGAGGCGAGCUUUGCUGUUGGGGCGCUGGCCAAGGUGGUGUCUACGGAUGUUGUCACGUCGAUUUUGUUGCCGCUGUUCGAGUCUCUGUGCCGCGAUUCGACAUGGCACGUUCGUCACUCGGUCCUGUUUGCUCUCCCCGCCAUCCUGUCAAGGUUGCAGCCGAACCACCGUUGGAAGCUUGCAUUAGAUGUCAUCCUCCCCCUCUCGCAAGAUGAGCAGACGGCCGUGAGGUCUGCGGUUCUCGAGGCUCUUGGCGAGGUCAUGCACACCUUCGCGGAUGACGAAAACGGCCCACCGGACGAGCUGCUCCAGCUGUUCCUUGGCGUCAGGGAGACGCAAGAUCCAGGCGGUACACCAGACAGUGACAAGUCCGGCCUACCGCGCUCGCCUCAAGACGUCCGCUCCCCUGGUCCUCCGACAGCUGCCACACCCACGAGCUCCGCCUGGAGUGACUAUGGUACCGACAACGGUGUUGGCCCAGAUAUCUAUGACGAUCCGCAACGCCCGCUGGUUUGCGCAUUCAACUACCCCGCAGUCGCGCAGACUCUCGGACGCAAGCGUUGGCCCGAACUGCGCUCGCUCUACCGCGCCCUCUCGCAAGACCCUUACUUCAAGGUUCGGAGGACUCUGGCGGCGUCCAUCGGCGAAAUCGCCAAGAUCAUCGGCACGGAGCACGCGCGAGCGGACCUCAUGGACGUCCUACGCUCGAGUCUGUACGCGGAUGAGAGCGAGGUGCGCAUGAAAGUCGUCGAGAUUAUGCACACAUUUGUCAAGGCCGUCGCCUCGCCAGAGCGGGCUGAAGCCGCGAGAAUGCUCCAGGAGGCACUUGCGUCUGGGAAGCUGUCGACAUGGAGGGAGCGCGAAGGCGCCGCAAAGUCGCUCGGGGAACUGGUGCAGGUCGAGGGGAUCGAGCCUGAGGUGCUCCUGAAGAUGUUGUACAAGGCACUGGAUGACCGGAUAGCCGCUGUCAGAGAGGCCGUCGUGUCCGUGCUCCCUCGCUUUGUCGAGGCGUGGAAGAUGUCUCCAUUGUCUCUGGACGCAUUGCGCAAAGAGAUCAGGAGUUUGGCCACUGAUUCUACUUCCCGGAGGCGCACCACGUAUGUGAUGUGCGUCCAAGAGUUACUGGCCAGCGGGCACGGCGACGUGGUGGUUGGCAGCGCGGGGUUCUGGGACACGUUGUCGGCACUUGUCCGGGACCCAAUCGUCGACGUACGGAUCCGGGCGUCGCGACUCAUUGGUCUGAUUUCGAAUAACCUCGGCGGCACAGACGAUGACGUCGCGGAAAGAACCGCUGCGUUAGCUCGAGAGCUGGCGCACGACGGUUCACACGACGUGCGCUCGUUCAUCGAACCCACUGUUCAUCCGCCGCCUGGUCCUUCGCCACAAAUGUUUACGACGGUCAUACCACCAAGCCUGGAGCGCACCGGGACCACAUUCUCAAGACCACCUCCACAAAGCUGA